CUCGGCUAUCAUGGCGGAUUUCGGUUCUCCGGGAACGCCAAGUAGACAUGAAAAAUCCCUCGGUUUAUUGACGACGAAAUUCGUCAGUUUGUUACAAGAAGCCAAAGAUGGUGUCUUAGAUCUUAAAGUGGUAAGUAUACGAAAAAAUCUUGGUUUUUGGUCCGCGAAGGACGACAUUUUUGGUUCGCCGAAACUUCCUUUGUGGCCCUGUUUAGCGUUCACUAUCUGAAAUGUUUACCUUUGUCGAUUUCAGGCAGCCGAUACGCUAGCUGUGCGUCAGAAACGACGGAUUUACGACAUUACUAAUGUACUUGAAGGAAUUGGACUGAUAGAAAAGAAAUCGAAGAAUAGCAUCCAGUGGAAGUAAGUAAAACUAUCAGAGGGGAAAUAACUUCAUGUGACGAGGGGCAUUCGCGCGGGACAACCAAACGAAUUCCAUCGCAGUUCCCUCAAUCUCGCGGGAGAUAGGUAGUGAGAUAUGUCCACGGCUGAUUCUUCCAGAAAUAUGCUCUUUCUGAUAAAAACCUAUUUAAACAUAAAGUUUUAGAAAGAGAAGGUCAUUUAGAGCGAAAGUAAGCAUUUUCUUGGCAGUUCUUUUGCGUGUUCAAGGUUCGGGCGCGUGUCUCUAGCGCGCAGAACAUGGUUUCGAAGAUGCAUUUACCGCCAUUAGUUUGGCGCCGUUUGUUGCAGGGGAGUUGUCGUCUAAGGGCGAAAGUAAAUGUUAUGAUUUCGCUCGAGGACAGUUCAGGGUGUUGUUUCACACCUAAGACAAGAUACUCUCCAAAAAAUUUCUAAUUCAGGCAGGCUUGCGUAAGCUAAAAACAAAAGAGGAAGUCAAAAUUUCGUGAUCAUUCCAUGAUUUUUAGGAACUGUACUGAUUAGUAUAUUCUUCUCAAGUUCGUGUUACUUUGUCGACUAGAAUGGCAUUUAAAUUAUCCUAUGAGUGUUUUGACCAGACAUCUUCUAUUAUGAGUUAUUCAAAGAACUUGAACUUCAUAUGUCAAUUUUUUUUGUGUGAAUACAGCGGAACUUAAUAAUAAUGUGAACGACAGCAAACGCCGAAAUUAGAUUAUUUUGUUUCUUUCUCUUGGAUUCCCGCCAAACCAUACGUUAUUGGUUGGCCUUGAUCGUUUUCGCAAGUAUGGUCGAUUUUAGCUCGGAAACCUGAUUAAAUGAUAAUAUAAUCAAGAUUUCAUUGUUUUCAUGUUAAAUAAAAUUUUGAAAAUAUUUUGCCCAUUCUCCCUCUUUGUUCAUUAGUACCUGCAAUAUUCUUGAGCUAUUAGCUCUCAUGCUCAAUACCACAUGAUGUCAAGAAUUGGAGAAGAUUAAUGAAUUUCAUUGGAAUAUGUGUUGUUGUUCUUCCAGCAUGUUUUUUCCAAGUUAAUUUUUGUUCAAAAAGCUCGUGUUUGCUUGGUGUAAGUAAAUUGAAUUUUCAAAAUCAGAGUGUACAAGUUUAGAAUAAGAAGUCUUUUCAUUUGAAGCUGAUGUUCUUACUAAAUGUCUUGAAUCGAUAAAUUCGAUCUUUGGAACGCAAUUCCUAACGAAUUUCGUCAACUCUCCAAAGGAGCUUUUAAGAAAAAUUUUCAUGACUUUUUGCUCUCGAUAAUGGAAGCAGAGGACGAUUAUGUUGAAGUGCCCAUUCUCCUACAAAAAAUGGCAAAUUCUGCAUCCUCGACUCAAUGUAUAUAAUUGAUAGUUCUGUUAGUAGUAAAUUUGAUUGUAAUAUCAUUCUGUAAGACUAUAUAUUUUGUAACUUUAGCUUGUUUAUCCAGAUAGUUUAUUUAGUUACUUUACAAUUAUUAUAUUAUCUGUUAUGACUGCUGUAACCUUUCCUCUCCGCCUGCCUCGUCUAGCUUUUGCUAUUUGCGAGUGGAGAUGGCAAAAUGAUUUGCAUGAAAUAAAGUAUAGUGUGUGUUAUUCCUAAAUUUUUUUUUUUUUGAGUUUAAAAAGCAAACUCAAAGACCUUUUACUUGAUUGGGGCAAACCAGGAUAGUCUGAAUUGGAUUGGUCCUCUGGUUUUAACCUGAGUAACUUGUUCCUGCAACAGUUGUCGCACAAAUGGUGGUAUGAUAUGUAAUGACUUUUCAAGCACUUCUUUUUGGCUAGUUUUCAACAUUUUUCAGCACCUCCAAUAAUGUUGAAAGCUGUACACAAUGUCAAACAUCCAUUUGAGCCAAUGUUGCAUGCACAUUGAAAGGGUGAAAAAUUUUAUCUUCUGUAUUUUUAAAUUGCUUUGAACCACCUCUUUUUGACAACCAGGCCAGUGGUUACUAUGCUGACUUUGAAAGUUUGUCCACGGUUUUGCCCAAGUAACGUUGUAGCUUGAGUGUAGUUUAACCCUUUCACACCUUAGAGUUUCUAGCUUCUAAUGUCUCCAUAAUUUCUCCCUAUCACCCUUGCAUCAAAUGUUAAGGUCAGGGGAAUGAGUAUUGGUAAUUGAACUGAGUGGAUUGCAAUUUGGUGUGAAUUAUACAUAUAAUUAUAUUGGGAUUUCAAAAUCAAUUGAGUGCAUGAGUUUGAUUUGAAAUCACAAAUUUGAUUUCAGACCAAAAUUGUAUGACAUGAAGUUCAUUUACCACUUAAUUACAUCCAUUUUGAAAUUGCAAAAUUCAGUCGCUCAGAUACAGGAUUUUUUUUAGUCUGUAGAAAUAUUUUGUUGAUCCAGUAGUAAACUGGUUUGUAGAAAGUUGCUCAACUUGCUUUUCCUUUUCCUGCAAGUUUUUUCUUUUUUUUACCACUAGUUAUUGUAUUUUAACAUUAGCUGGGGAAAAAUGCAAUUUUGAGCGAAAAAUGGUGGGAUUUGUGAAUAAAUUGCACCUGUGAGAGCCAAUCAGAUUACAAGGAUCACCAGGAUUUCAAAAUGGAUGUAAUCAAGGAAAUAAUCACUGAUUUAAGUUGCUCCUGAUGGCAAAACAAAUUCUCCUUGUUAGUAACAUAGGUGAUGUAAAGAGAGCAGUAUGGAGAAUAUGAAUGCUAAUGAUAGGGUGUGAAGGAAUUUAAAGGAACAGGAGAAUAUUCUUUAAGUCUGAAUAAAAAACAGCUCAGGCCAUGAAAAUUUAGCUGGAGGAAUCUUUGAUGCUCAACCCCGUUUGUCCACUUUGAAAAAUGUUAUUUUUAAGUUAGUCCAAAUUUAAUCUAAAGUUAUUAAAAGUGUUAUUUUUUUAUCUGUUUUUAACCCCAUUGUAAUUCUUUUGGUUGAUUCAGACCUCUUUCAGUAUUUCCCCUACAAUCCAUUAUUUCAAGACAAGAUCUUCUGUGACCCUAAAAUGUUGUUCAAAAUUAUUUGAUAAUUUUCUGUUUCCAGGGGGGCUGGACCUGGGUGUAACACGAGGGAGAUAUCAGACAAGCUUGUUCAUUUAAAGGGAGAGUUGGAGAGACUGGAAGACAAAGAAAGGGAACUUGAUGAACAAAGGCUAUGGGUCCAACAGAGCUUGAAGAAUGUCUCAGAGGAUCCUGAAAAUGAGCAGCUUGCUUAUGUCACUUAUGAAGAUGUAUGCCGCAGUUUUAAAGGAGACACCUUGUUGGUUGUCCAAGCUCCAUCUGGCACACAGCUCGAGGUUCCAAUUCCAGACACAGUAAGUUUAGGAUCCUUCCCUUGAUAUUUCUAUGAAGGUUAUAUCUUAGGUUAAUGUAUUCUUAAUGUAGACUAUUUCCUCCUUUUAUUUUCUGUGCUUUAUAUUUUGUUUACAAUAAGUAAUUUUACAAUGAAAAUCAAAAAAACUAAAAAUGCCUUCAACAGGUUGUUAGGAUUAUUGGUACCAUAGUUAUCACAGGAGUAGUUACAAUUGUUAUAAUGAUGAUAAUAAUAAUAAUAAUAAUAAUAAUAAUUGUUAUUAUUAAUAUUAUUUUUACUAUUUACACCAGUGGCAUACCUUAGUUAAUCAGAAGAAGUAGCAGAUUAGCCAUACAAUCCUCAAGAAGUUUGUCAAAAUGUCAUUCACUAUCCCUAACAGCAGUCCUCCCUAAGACUACCCUGAACCAGCAUUUUACACUUUGGCUAUGUUUUUAUGGUUCCUCACACAUUUUUAAAUAUUGUGAAAUGGAAUUUAACAUAGUUAACAACUAGGAGCAAAUCUGGUCUGUUGCAUUUGGCUGGCAUAUUGUUAGGGUAUUAGCACUCUGUUAGCGUUUGCCUGGCAUUUGUGUGUGUUCUGUAGCAUUGUAGCAACAUGGUAGCUGUUGGUGGCCCAGAGGGCCAGCUGUGUCCAGCAGUUACCUUUGUCUGUGCAUGCGUUGGUUCUCCCAUGUGCUUGCAUUGUGUUGGCGGUACAAUAGCAUGGCGUCGUCGUCCAUGAGGAAAGCUUCUAGGUGUUUUUCCCAUUAUCUUCCCCUCUUUGCUUUUGUUUAGGGUUUUUUUUUUGUUUGUUAUAUUUGUUCACAUAUUUAUCUAUUUAUUUUUGUCUCCUUAUUUUCUCUUCCACUAAGCCUUCUGGCUCUCAUGUGACAGGUGCUUGUUGGGGCUCAGCAUGGGGGGCUCGUGGCUGGGUUGCAGGUUGGGCUGGCCAGUCAGAUGUUCUAGUGCCUUGUGUGUGACUAUUGUUGCAGCCCCUGGGCCCCUUGAGCACCUGACCUCCAUUUGCAACUUGGUUGUUAACCUAUUGAAAAUUUGCAUUUUAAGGAUUCUGUUGAUAUGGAACUAUAGAAGCCAUGAAAUGUUUAAGAUGCUUAGUGAGUCAAAAAUGUUAAUUCCAAGAUGAGGACUUGCUACCGAGGAUGCUAAAACAUUAAUUGUCAAAAAAUUUUGCACAGUUAAGGUGCUGUGUAGACAGAGUAUUUUGGCUUUUAUUUAAUUAGCACUAACUCCCUUCCCUCCCUAGUACACUCCUGUGUGGAAUAUCUGAAAUUUACUUUACUAUCUUCUGAAAAAGAUUUAUGGUAGAUGAAAGGGAGAAGUUGUAUUUAAUUAUUUAGGUGGAGGUUCAUUGAGAUCCUUCAUUUUUUUUUUAACCAAAAACUUCUCUACAGACUCCAAGCUCACAUCAACCCAGGAAAUUCCAGAUCCACUUGAAAAGUCAGACAGGUCCUAUACAUGUGCUGCUGGUAAACAAGGAUGCUGCAGCAGACAAUCCAGUUGUAACUCCAGUCCCUCCACCAGCCAAUGAUGUCAACUCAAAUGACCAUGAAGCACUAAAGGAGGAACCUAUGGAAACUAAUGCUGACUCUAAACAUGCUAAUGAAAUCAACGCUAAAGUAGGAGCAGUUAAAACUGAAGUUCUAGAGAGCAGCAGAGGUACUAUGCUUCAUUCAUGAAUUACCUUAAACACCAGCAGAUAAGCUGCAACUUUACUCCUAGAAUUUUUUUUUAACUUACUUGUGAUGUAGCCUUUCUGCCAGAACAUCUAGAAAAUAUGCGGAAGAUUUGGAUGAAUCAAUGCUCUUCAUUGAAUAUUUACGAGUCUGCAUCAAAUGGUUUGUUACUAACUGACAAACAAUCCAACAAACAAAAUAAAGACUUCUCAUUGUUAAAUGUAAAAUUAUAUUGAUGAUUUGACAGGAGUGUAAAAACUAUCAGUAAGAGUAAGAUCAAAGAUAAGGUUAGAUUGGUAGAUAUGAUGUAGAUAACAUUGCAACUAAAAUUAUAUGUGGGGAUUCAAAGUAUUCUCUGUUUUCAGUGCCAGUGAGUUUACACUGUUGUGUAAAGGAACCAAUGUAAAGGAACUUUCUCAAGACUCCACUUGUGAUUUUGGUUUCUUUUCAAAAAAUUUUCUUCCUAAAACUGAGUUGCCAAACUUGGGAUGUGGCUUAUUUGUGAUUGCAGUCAAUCAGUUAGUGUUUACAGUAGUUAAUUAUGGUGUUAUUUCCUGAAUUGGAUGCUUCUUUCUUACCAAAAGGUCCUUUGUUUUAUUAUCAGAAUACAUGAUUUUGUUAUCUUUAUUUCAACAGCUAACGAGCUUAAAGAAGUUGCCAAUGACAUAAUAUUUGGAAAUAAUUUCAAAGGUAAAAGUUUAAGCAUUUGGUAUGUGUCACAAGAUGGCUGGGGACAUUUCCAUGUGAGCUGUGUGUUCUCUGAAGUAGGGAAUUUCAAACUAAUCAGCUACAGGAAAUGUGAAUAUUUUAGCUAACUUUCAGCAGCUUUCAACUAGAUUAGGUGUUACAAAGAGAUUUCAAAACUUAAGGAACCAGCUGAAAUGGUUGGAGUACUUGGGUUGUCAGCAGUGGCCUUUCAGUUGGUACCUGAUUAAAUAAGUGGCUGUCUAUAAUGUAAUAGAUGGCUCUGGUCACAGAAAGGGCAAAACAAAUUAAUUGUUUAUAGUAAUGGUUAUUAGAGGUACUACAGGUGGUGGCUUUUACUUGUUACUGCCUAAAAAGGAGAACAGUGUGUAACUACUUCCCAAAUUUGAUGAUCCUUUUUGAUUGCAGACACCAGUUUUGCUGAAGAAGUUAUGGAUGAUUUCAUGUCAGCAGAGGGUGUGUAGGAAGCUUUUUUUAAAAAAAAUUUUAACACUUUAGCUCCCAAGAUCUCAUUAGUAAUUCUCCUUACUGUCUGCCAAAUUAUUCUCAUUAUGUUAGUUUAAAAAAUUUGGUAUCAGAUCAAUCAGUAAUCCCAUAAUUGAUAUUUUUCUAUAUUCUCGUUUAUAACUUGUUAGCAUGAUAUUGUAUAGAUAUAGUAAGGAGAAAUUCUCUCUUGGUCAGUCACAGGAGUUAAAGGGUUAAUCCAUGAACUAUUCUUACUUAUUUUUGACCAGUCAAAAUGCACCAUGUUACUGAUUGUAUCUUAAUUAAGACAGGGGAAUGUGCCCUAGAUAUUACCUUACUGGAGUUCACAGUUUUGAAUUCCUACGUCCCGAAUGAUUCAGUUUCCUUUUGAAAUUUGCUUCAAGAUGGAAGAUUGUUAUGCUAUUGUUACAAUUGUUGUUUGAUAAAGACAAAAGAGCAAUUUAGAGUGAAUAUCCUUGGUAUCAAAAAUGUUUAUAGUGAACUGUUUCUGGGCAUUCUGUACUGCAUGUUGCAAAGGGAAUUUGAAAGAUAAUUGAAACAAGAGGCUCCAUUAGGAGUACAAGUCUGACAUAUUUUCUCCUUGUGUAUUGUCUGUACCUCAGACCUUUGGGUUGACAUCAAGCAUUGCUAUUGGAAAACUUUUCACUUGGAACAGAUUGUUUUGUUGAGUUAAGAGACAAGAAAAAUAAAAUUUUCAAGUUUGUCUUUUGUUUGUGACUCUCACAAUAUCUAGGCAUAACACAUACAAAAUGAAAUGGAAAGCAAAUGUAUUAAGACUUUUAAAACAUUUUUGUAUUUGAAAUUCACAGCAGUUUUAUUUCCAAUCCACAGUGUAUGCACCUUUACUUCGCUUGUCACCACCACCAGGAGAACAUGACUACUACUUCAACCUAGAUGACUCUGAGGGCGUCUGUGAUUUAUUUGACAUUCCAAACCUAGAUAUGCCUUCUCCAUUAACAGGAGCUAUGGCAUCCACAUAGUAAAUGGAUCUGCAUGUACUUAUACCAUUGUUCUACUAAUCCUGCAUACGAUUCAAGUCACUGCAUUCCGGUUUGAAAUAUGAACAUGUGUCCAUGACUUGGUGGGAGAAGUACAAGGCUUAGUGUAAAGUAUUUGUGUUUUGCAUUAAGGCCACAAUUGGAUUGCUGUUCUGAGGGUGCAGGCUCAGACAGAAUUAAUGGGUGAUUGUGACUGGAGUGUUUCUUUGAAUUCAGACAAUUGCAGAUGUGGAUUUGUAGGAAUCAAAAUCAGGGUCAGGUGAUGGAUACAAAGCCAUCAAGAUGAGUGUGUGAAAUUCAUUACUAGAUGGAGAAGAUGGAGGUCUUUCAGUCAGUGGAGCCAUGUUACACAUGGAGCUUUUUAGUGAUAUAUUUACCCUUUGACUUCCAGACAUGAUUAACAAGUAACUUCUCCUUAAAAUAUCCUUUCAUUAUCCAGCAACCAAGCAACGAGAAUACUCAAACUUAUCUGGUAGAAGUUGUUAUAUUGACCUAUGAUCAAAUUCUCGUAACUUAUUUACAAGGAAAUGUAUAGCAGCUAGAGGGGAGAAGAUCUAGGGAGCUACAGGGUUUAAGGCCAGCUUUCAUUUGUCAAGAAACACCCAUGCAAUGUGAAAUUUCUCUGUUUCUCCUCUAUUCCAAACUUUGCUGAUGAAUUGGAAAUGAUUUGAUGACAUUGUCUCAGACUCUCCUGAAAAUUGUGAUGAGCUAAAACUGUUGGUAAUUUUUUUACAUCCUUGGCUGUUGGUAAGUUUGUUUUAUUUUGUUUUUUCCCUUUUUUUCUUUUUCUUUUUCUUUUUCUUUUUUUACAUCCUUGGCUGUUGAAAACAGCAGUUUCUUAUAACAAUGUUUGCAAAUAUGGACAAUUGAUCAGAAAAAUAGAAGAGCUUCUUGUUUGGUCCCAGAUUAUGCCGUAUGAUAAGACCUGACUUUUGUUCUUAAGGCACUGAAAGAGUUAAGGAACAGUGAUAUACCGCUAUUCAGUAAACUGGGCUUAAUCUGACAAAUGAAAACCAAGUUUAUGUUCAGAGAACAGAGGAAUUUAAUUGAAUUGUUUAGCUCUUGGUUAGUCUUAAAAUCAUUUUGUUAUUGCUACUAAGAAUUUUCUUUGUGAUGCUGAUGAUGCCAG